GAAACAAACAUGGCGGCUGGCUCAAAUUGGAAGGCAGUCAUUCUGAGUCAGAUACAACAUAGAAAUCAUAAACAAACACAUCCAUUUACCAGCCUUAUACAGACAAAUAGUCGUCUAUUUGAAAUAGCCACAUCUUUGCAAACCAAGAAUGUUCAUUUGCAAGUUGAGAUUGAAAAGUUAAAAGAGGAAACAUUAAAUUCUCACGUCCGAGGGGAUGGAAUUAACAGCAAUGUCAGCACGCACCUUCUGGAACAAAAAGUUUUUAAACUGCAGGAAGAGUUAACUGAGCUUCACAAAAAAAGAGGAGAAAAUGCUCAGCAGAUCAUUGACCUCACUGCAUUGCUUCAAGAGAAAGAAAAGGAAAUGCAACACAAGGAUAGCAUGAUAUCUGAUAUGAGAGAAAACAACAUAGCCCUCAAACAAGCCAAGAAAACUUUAGAGAUGGCCAUGACAGAGUUGGAAGCCACUAACCAAAUGUUGAAAGAUGAGCAUCAAGCAUUGCAGAUGGCAUUCACAGCAUUGGAAGAAAGAUAUAGAAAAGCUCAGGAAGACAAUUCUGACCUUAUACAAAGAUGGAUGGAACAGAAAGCUAAAGAUGCAGAUAGGAUGAAUGCAGAAAAUGCUGAUUUCAUCAAAGCAAGACAACAAAGACUGGCUCAAGACCUUGAAGAAGCUGCUAAAGAACAAGUACCAAUUGACCCUGGCUCAACAUUUGAUGGUUUUCUUCCUGCUGUUUGUGUCGCAGCAUCUGUGCCUUCAAGAGCUCAACACACUUUUGAUGCCCAUGAGGGUGAAGUCUAUGCCGUACAGUGGAACUAUAUGGGUAGUAGCUUUGCCACUGGUGGUGCUGACAGAAAAAUCAAAAUCUGGGAGUACCACAACGGUAUUUGUGAAUGCAGGGGAACUCUGGUUGGUAGCAAUGCUGGAAUUACCUCCCUGGAUUAUAGCCAAGAUGACCUAAUGAUUGUUGGAGCUUCAAAUGACUUUGCGAGUAGGAUAUGGACUGUUAUGGAUCAAAGACUGCGGCACACGUUAACAGGACACAGUGGGAAAGUAUUAUCAGCCAAGUUUCUCAGUGAUUGUAAAGUUGUCUCAGGAAGUCAUGACAGAACUAUCAAAGUUUGGGAUUUAAACGUCAAAUCAUGUAUAAAAACAAUAUUUGCUGGCAGCAGCUGCAACGAUCUAGUUACAAUGUAUGGAACUAGUGUCAUCAGUGGACACUUUGAUAAAAGAAUCAGGUUCUGGGAUACUAGGGGGCAGGCGGAUAGUAGCACCAAUGAAAUUCUUUUACAAGGCAGACUCACUUCUUUAAAUCUUUCUCCUGAUAAAAAUCAGCUUUUGUGUUGCACUAGAGAUGACUGUCUGAAAAUAAUUGACCUUAGGAUGAACCAAGUGUCUUCAACUCUUACUGCAGAGGGAUUUAAAGUUGGCUGUGAUUGGUCAAGAGCAGUUUUUAGUCCUGAUGUUGAAUAUGCCGCUGCUGGCUCUGGUGAUGGGAAUUUAUAUGUCUGGAAUAUCAACAAAGGCAAAGUAGAGAAAGUACUUAAAGAACACAGCCAUGCUGUUUUAGCUUGUUCGUGGAACCCCACUGGGACCUCUAUAGCUAGUUGUGAAAAGGGCAAAAAGGUUGUGUUGUGGUCAGAUUACUAACUGAAUCACUGCUUGCUUUACAUUAUGGUGGCUAUGAAUUAACCAAGAUUAGAGAAAAGACAUGUAAAUCCAGCUUUCCUCCUGCUGUACAUCGAUAGGUCAUCAAAAAAAUCGUUAGUGUUUAUGUUAAUCAACCAUCAUAUAUUCAUCAAUCAUCAUAUGUUGAUCAACUAUCGUCUCAAAACUACAUUUUAAAAUGUCUGUGUUCUAAUUAGAAAAACCAUUGCCUGUAGUAAAUAUUACUCAAAGGAAAAAAAAUAUUUGUUAUUUCAAAAACAAUUUUUUUUUUAAACCAUCUAGUGAUAACUGAUAGAAAAAAGUUGUCCUUGUUCAUCAAUCUUCACCUUUACAUUCCAGUUUUUUAAUUUACUUAUGUCAGCCAUAUUGUUGUCAAAGCUGUUUAUCAAAUCUAUGUUAUUUCUGCCAUGACUUUGUAAUUCAUGUGUUUUAUUGGUUGACAGAUGUAAUAGUAAAUUGAUCAACAGGAAUUAAAAAAAUAGUUGUGUAUUUAGCUGUACAAGAAAGUUGUGUGAGCUGCAUGCCAUUAUGAAGUACUUACAUGACUGGAUUUUUGUACUGUCAGUAUGAAAUUGGUGAUAGCUGUUCCUAUAUAAACCCUCUCUCUGAUUUCUUUAUGCAGUCUAUGGUGCUCAAAGCAAGUUCACUCUUCCAUACAUGUCUUGACAGAUGGCAUUUUUAAAAAAAAUUACAUCGCAUUUUAUUUUUUACUAUUGACUUGAAUGUUUAACAGUUGUAGUUAUCUGAUUAUGUAGCAAAUACAUACAUGCUUGAAGAUAAGUUUUUGCAAUUAGAUAAAACAGAGUUACUUAGCUCAUACAGGUUAACACUUAAACUGUUCUGAUAUACUGAAUUCUUUGGCUGCUUUAGUGUGCGGUUUAACCAAGUCAUCUUCUGUUUUGUUUCUUAUCUAUUGUUUUUUUAAAGUUGUUAUUAAAAUCCAUUUUUAGCCAAGUACAUUGCUUGUUACUACACAAAGUGUUAAGUGCCCUGGUACUUACCUGCAUGAAAUUUUUAAAGAAUUUCUUCUUUUAUUUUUGUUCAACAUUAUUUACAGUAUGUGUAAAAUUUACAUUUAAAAAAUUUGUUUUAAAUAGUAAAAAGUAAUGUCUUUAAAUAUAAUACAUUGUUUUUCUACCCAGGAAGCUAGAUGUUUAGAAUUUCUCCCAGAAAUCUUUGAUAAAGUCAGUUGAAGACAUUAUACAGUAUAGCUGCACAAAAUGUAAUGCACAACAUUGUCUCAUAUUUAAAAAAAAACUGCCAAUGUGUGAAAAAUACUCUAAAAUAAAAAUCUAUCUACAUCUACUUGUAUACUUUUAUUUUGGACAGUAUUAAGCGAAAAGGUGCUUUGGUCAAUAGGGUAAACAUUUAGUUGAUUUAAAAAACAAAAGUUUCAUCUUUAUUAUAAAUUACAACUUCUGUGAAAUAAGAAUUUGAUUAAAUUUUAUUUUAUAAUUUGGCUUAAUUUCCUGUAUUUAUGUUUGUAAACUAUCUAUACACACUAUUUUAUGUUACCUUUGUGCUAUUAUACACUAACUUUUCUUUAAGUAAUGACUUGAAUAAAAACUGAUAUAGCUAUCUUAUGGAUCCUUACUAUACUUAUGCACAAUUUAUCCUUGCUGUUCAUAGUUCUAAUGAUUGCUUCCAAUUGUAAAGCUUAUAAUGAAAGAUUGUAUGCUAGAUAAAAAAUGUGAUAAUGAAAUGAGUUUUAUGAAAACUAUUGUUGAGAUGUAUAUACUUGUGUGUUUCGCUAAUGAACUUUUAAUUACUUUUUGUGUUUGACUUUUUUUUGUGCAAUAAUUCUGCUACAUUGCAGUAAAUUUGAAAUGAAAUAAAUUAUUGU